AGAGAGAGGCAGAAGACACAGGCAGAGGGAGAAGCAGACUCCAUGCAGGGAGCCCAAUGUGGGACUCGAUCCCGGGUCUCCAGGAUCACACCCUGGGUUAAAGGCGCUAAACCGCUGAGCCACCCGGGCUGCCUUUAACUCCUUAUCUGAAUUAGAAGAUUUCCAGCUUUGAAAUUCUGUGUGAAGCCAAGGGGCUGAUGAGUAUAGAGUUUCUACCUUCUUGCCAUUCCUCAGCAGUCCCAGUAAAUAUUCUGUAUAGGUUCACAAAGUCAGAGAGAGGCUCACUUGUAAAAUGUAAAAAAAAAAAAAAAGUGUCUAUAUGUAACCCAAACUGCCUUAAGCAGCCACUUAGGGCCUGAUAAACCGUGGUGUGAGCAAGAGGAGGGUGGAGGAGAGAGAUGGAGAGAUACAAUCUACACACCCACACACCUUCCUUCUCAUUUGCUGGCACAGACACACAUCAGCCAGUGGACAAAGGGGCACAGUGGGGAAUGCAUAGGAAAGCUCCUUGCUGUCUCACCUGCUCGCCUUUCUUGGAACUUCGCGCAUCUCUCAUCUCUCCUUGGCCUGCGCUCAGCAGCUUGCUAAGUAAAGCAGGCGGCUGAGGUGCCUGCAGGCUGCUCUUCCCUCAGCACCCGCCUCUCUUCCCUGCUCUCCUGCUUCUCCAGAUCACGGGUCUGAACUCAACCCUUCACCCCAACACCAUGGCCCUGACUCGCAACCCCCGGGAGGCAUUGCUCUGGGCCUUGAGUGACCUUGAGGAGAAAAACUUCAAGCUAUUCAAGUUUCACUUACGGGACCGAAGCCUGCUUGAGGGGCGGCUGCAGCUGGCGCGUGGGGAACUGGAGGGCCUGAGCCCGGUGGACCUGGCUUCUCGGCUGAUUUCACUCUAUGGAGCACUGGAGGCUGUGAAGGUGGUGGUCAGGGUUCUGAGGGUCAUGAACCUGUUGGAACCAGUGGACCAGCUCAGCCACAUUUGUCUGAACGAUUAUAGAGAAAUAUAUCGAGAGCAUGUGCGCUGCUGCCUAGAGGAGAGGCAAGAGGAGUCAAUCUGCGGCAGCCACAGUCAACUGCUUCUGGUGGCCACUUCUAGCCCAGGGAGCCCAGAAUCAUCUGCCUGCCCUGUCUUGGAGCAGGAAUUGGACUCUGUCUUGGUGGAGACUCUGUUUGAUCCAGGAGAAAAGUCCUACCAAGCCCCACCCACAGUGGUGCUACAGGGGUCCGCUGGAACCGGAAAGACAACACUGGCCAGAAAAAUGGUGCUGGACUGGGCCACUGGUACCCUGUACCCAGGCCGGUUUGAUUAUGUCUUUUAUGUCAGCUGCAGAGAAGUGGUCCUGUUGCAGGAGGGCGUACUGGACCAGCUUCUCUUCUGGUGUUGUGGGGACAACCAAGCACCUGUCAGAGAGAUGCUGAGGGAGGCUGAGCGACUGCUGUUCAUCCUGGAUGGCUUUGAUGAACUGCAGAGACCCUUUGUAAGGGGCUUGAAGAGUCUGAGGCUGAGCCCCAUGGAGAAAGUGCUGCACUGUCUAAUUAGAAGAGAAGUGCUUUCCACAUGUUCACUUCUUAUCACCACCCGGCCCUUGGCUUUGCAGAAUUUGAAUCCCUUGCUGAAACAAUCACACCAUAUUCACAUCCUUGGCUUCUCUGAGGAUGAGCGGAGGAGGUAUUUCAGCUCCUAUUUCAUGGAUGAAGAGCAAGCCAGAAAUGCCUUUGACAUUGUACGAGGAAAUGACGUUCUCUACAAAUCAUGUCAAAUUCCAGGCAUUUGCUGGGUGAUCUGCUCCUGGAUCAAGGAGCAGAUGGAGAAGGGCAGAGAGAUCUCAGAGACUCCCAGUAAUGGCACAGACAUCUUCAUGGCCUAUGUCUCCACCUUCCUGCCCCCCAGUGACAAUGAAGGCUGCUCCAAGCUUACUCGGCACAGGGUCCUGAAAGGUCUGUGCUCCUUAGCAGCUGAGGGGAUCCAGCACCAGAGGUUCAUGUUUGAAGAAGCUGACCUCAGGAAGCACAAUUUAGAUGGGACCAGACUUGCUGCUUUUCUGAGUAGCAUGGAUUACCAAGAGGGACUUGACAUCAAGAAGUUCUAUAUCUUUCGCCACAUUAGCUUCCAGGAGUUUUUUCAUGCCAUGUCCUACCUGGUGAAAGAGGACCAGAGUCAGCUGGGGAAAGAGUCCCGCAAAGAAGUGAAGAGGAUUCUGGAUGAAGAAAGGCAGGCAGAGAAUGAGGAGAUGACUCUCAGUAUGCAUUUUUUAUUGGACAUAUUGAAAAAAGAGACCUCCUCGAACUUCGAGCUAAAGUUCUCCCUCAAAAUUUCUCCCUUGGUAAAGCAGGAUCUGAAGCAUUUUAAAGAACAAAUGAAAUCUAUAAAGCAUAAAGGGGCCUGGGAUUUGGAAUUCUCCCUAAAUCAGUCUAAAAUAAGGAAUCUGGUAAAAGGUGUUCAGAUAAGUGAUGUAUCGCUUAAGAUGCAACUUUCAAAUAAAAAGAAACCCCAUGACAGGAACUCAUUUUCUGUCAAAACCAGCUUGAUUAAUAGAUGGAAAGAGAAGGAAAAAUGUCCUUUUGUGGACGAAGAUAAUAUAGAAAAGACACAAAUGGAGGCUUCUAAUGGAAAAGGCAGAAAAAUGGAGAAACAAGAGAUGCUGAGGGUAGGAGCAGUAGGACGGGAAGUGGAGGAAUGGGACAGUAGAGCUGAAGGGUCAGGAAGGUUGGAGCGUCAGGGACAGGAAGAUGGGGGAAGACAGAGUGUAAAAAAAAUGGAGAGAUGAGAGAUUAGACUAAUAGGUACUGGAAAGAGUGGAAGGGCAGAAGAGCAAGUAGAAAAGAAAAUUAGAUAAUACAGGAUCAGAAAACUUGGAAUAUAGGACAUAGGGAAAGGCCAUGUGGACUGAGUCCCUAGGAACAAUCACAUUUACCAUCAGUGGCUCAAAUUCAGUUAUUUAGCAUCUCUUCCUCCUACAGAAGCUGCUUAUAACCUCCUCUACUGUGGAAUUUAAUGUUAAUGUUUAUAUUAGUGACCAAACAUGUGAUUGGUAAACUAUGGAUUGUCCUCAUUCAGUAAGAUUGGAUAAUGUGAAGCAUAUUAAUAUCAACAUUUAAAAGAAAUAUUGUACUGGGUUAUAAGGGAAUAUCCCCUUGACUCUGUUUUGUGAUCAAUUGCUGCUUAAAUAAAUAGUAGCUUCCCAUCUUUCUAGAAACUUCUAGAAUUUCUGUGUUGGAAAUGAACCAUGUCUGUCACAGACCUUUGGUCUUAAAGUCUACUGUGAUUUGACCUAGUUCUGUACUAAUACCAUGUCACUCGUCCCCAGUGAUGCCAUUACCUCCCUUUUCUUUUUGGAAAGACCAGCCAGUUCCCAGAGAUAAGUCAUAAUCCCUUUUUUUCUGCUCUGGCUCAUUCUGUAUAGACAAGAAGAGUUCAAAGGAAUUUUAAAUAUAGGUGGGGUCAGUUCCUGACUCUCGUUUCACAGAUGAGGAAAUUGAAGUUCAUUUAGGAGACCCAUCAAUUUCUGGGGUUCCAAUGUUCAUAGCAGUAAUGUGCACAAUAGCCAAUAUAUGGAAGGAGCCAUGAUAUCCUUCAACAGAUGAGUUGAUAAAGAAGA